AUGGAACCCACCAAAACCCUCCCGGCGUCAUGGUACACGUCUCAAAACCUCUACAGUCUCGAACAGCGCGCCGUCUUCUACAAGGCGUGGUACCUCGUGGGAGCAGUCCCUCGGUUCGCCGUCGAUCGUGAGGUCGACUAUGAAUUCGCCGGCGUGACGGUGACGGUCCAUCACGACGGCGAAGAGAAUUUCAAAGUCAUGCGAAAGUCGGACGCCCUCGAACUAGAUCACCACCUGACACCGACCGGCCUCCUCUUCACGACAAUCGACCCUUCUGCACCACCGUUCGCAACGUGGUUCCCUCCCUCCCUGCUGGAGUUGUUGUCCGGCUACAACUUCCGCCGGCUCCCGCACCGUCGGUCCAUCAAGUACCCUGGCCGCUUCAACUGGAAGACCAUGGUCGACGGCUACCAGGAGUGUCUGCACUGCCAGUACACGCACCGCACCUUCAGCGUCAAGUACCCGCCGACCUUUUACGAGGUGCACAACCACGGCACCUACAGCCGGCACAUCGCCGACCCGACGAAGCCGGACGACGGCCUGUUUCUGUACUUCUACCCCGUGUGCACGCUGAACCUGUACGGCGGCGGCAUGAGCAGUUUCCGCGUCUGUCCCGGCGACAAGGUAGGCGAGACCCGGAUGGAGUUCGAUUAUUACUUCGACGACGGUAGCGAGGGCGGAGGCAUGGAAGGCUUCGAAGACUAUUUCAAGUUCGUGCGCAAGGUCGCCCUCGAGGAUUUCGAGCUGUGUGAGGUCGCCCAGAGUAAUUUGGAGAGGGGCAUUUAUUCGCAAGGCGUGUUGAAUCAGAGCAAGGAGAGUGGUGUAUUGCAUUAUCAACAACUCACGAGAAAGAUGGUCGUCGAAAAGUUCAAGGAAGAAGAAGCCGAAAAGAACGCACUCACACCAGCGAGUAGCAGAGCUAGUCAUGGCUAUGCCUCAGGACAGGACGAUGUCUCUGUGUCAGCUUGA